CAGUACGGUAUGGACUGCGUCGCUCGAUAGUCACUGCAAGCACUACAGAGGAUUAACAGGGCCGUAAUUGGGAGAUUAUACUGUUUUGUUUGACGCUCCCCCGGGACUGUCAAUUGACAUCUACAAAGAGGUCCCGAACGGUUUCAGCAGAAUUUUGAGCUGCGUUAAUGAGCGAGUUACAUAGGAUUCGCCUUGGAUUUGGCUCUGGCGACUACGAAACUUGAAUCUGUUCAUGGACAGAGAAAUACUUAUCGUGUUUUAUUUUAGAAAUGUGUGUUGACUUAUAAAACUUGAUUACACACUGUAGAUAUUUUUCCGGUUUUAUUAACUAGCCUUGGUGUCAGUGACAUUGACGUUUUUCAAAUACAGUGAAUCUGUCACAGUGGGAAUAUGUGUUAGCUUUAAGUCUCUUGAGAGUCAUUCAUCUGUGAGCUUCUGUGAGCACGGAAUUACUGGACUGACCACUCACUGGACACAACACGGACAGUUGUAGCGGAACACACACAAGAUUUGUUUGGGGCAUACUCUUGUCAACAUGGCUCCACGGGAUCUAUACUGUGAUUUACUAGACGUUGCACCAACUCUCGUGUAGUCUCGUCUCAAGCCACGUUAUGGCGUCAACCACCGAUUCCAUACUCCCUGACGUCACCAGCCUCUACGUCCUCAACAAUGUGUCCGUCAUUACGUUGCCGCCGUGCGACUGGCCAGAUGAGUUAGACGAAGGCACACAAUACUGUCCCCCGACAUGGGACCGUUAUCAGUGCUGGCCCGCUACCAAAGCCAAUACCACCAUAUACGGACCCUGCCCAUCACAAUAUGGCUUCAACGACACAGUUCAUCUUGCGCACCGGAAGUGCUCCGAGAAUGGCACCUGGGAGAAGGGUAACUGGACAGACUAUGGCGGCUGUAUCGAGCUGUGGCAGUCCACGCGUAGAGAGGACGACACCACUGUAAUUGGCAACGUGGUGCGUCUGGCGGAGAUUCUGAGGGACAUCUACUUCGUGGCCAGCAUUAUCUCCCUUGCUUUCCUCAUCCUCACACUCUUCAUCUUCUCCUACUUCAAGUCUCUACAGUGUAGUCGCAUCUCGAUCCACAAGAAUCUCGUCUCGUCUUUCAUAUUCCGAUUUGUCCUCAUCAUCAUCAUGAUGGAGCCUUACAUUUCCAAGAGAGACACGUCAUACAGGGAUUUCGACUGGCUUUGUAAGACGCUUACGGCCCUGAGAAAGUACACCAUCGUGUCGAACUUCUUCUGGAUGUUUGUGGAGGGCUUGUUUCUACACAACAGACUGGCUGUGUCCGUCUUCAGCACGGAGGCGCCCUUUACGCUGUUCUACGUCAUAGGCUGGGGUAUUCCGGGUGUGAUCACCCUACUGUGGGCGUUGUUGAUGCACUUCUACAACCAGGACAGCUGCUGGGACAACCACAACCAGUCCACGCUCAUCUUCAUCAUCUACGCCCCGAUUCUAGUGACCCUUGUAAUUAACUGCGCGUUCCUUGUCAAUAUCAUCCGUAUUCUCAUCACAAAGCUACGGGCAAACAACACGAUAGAAACUGUUAGGAUACGAAAAGCAAUUAAGGCGACUGCCGUGCUUCUUCCUCUGCUUGGAAUCAUUAAUAUAUUAUUUCUACUGAAACCGGAGGAAAACGGGUCCCUAACUAAAGCCUAUCGUGUUAUAAAUGCCGUUCUUCCAGCUUGUCAGGGUAUUUUUAUAUCUCUACUCUACUGCUUCAUGAAUAGUGAGGUUCGUGGUGUGAUAAAGAAGAAGUGGUACCGUUUCCGGUUGAGCCGCUCGAUGAAUGCGCGCGCACGUCGACGCAACUCCCGGACAUCGUCGUUCUUCCUGUCCCAAAGCGAGAGUGCCACGUCACCUCUCGGCAAGACGACGCCGCUCUGACGUCUGGUUCAGAGUAGAAUCACACCAGUAAUCACUGAUCGCACAAAAUGUCUUUGCAUGAAAGGCCCGGUGAGUGUUCCAGUGAUUGGUCAAAUUCUCACCGGCAUUGACCAAUCAGAACAGACUAACUUCCUCGAUGGCUACAUUCACUCGAAAGAUGGAAUGAUUGGUCGAAAGCUCACCUAUAUCGUCCAAUCAGAACAGAAUAACUCCCUCAAUGGCUACAUUCACAAGGAAGAUGGAAUAACUGGCCAAAUGCUCACCGGUAUCGACCAAUCCGAAGCCAGAGGCUACUUACACUUGAAACCUCAUUGACCACAGGAUAAAGUCAGAAAUGUUUCAAAUAUGUCAAAGAAUUCAUGAUUGGUCCUGUGUAGAGGACAAAAGGGAGCAGACUCCGUGCACACGUCGUUGAUUGAACAUCUGAUACCCCUGACAUAUGUCGUGCAAUUUCAACUCUCAACCAACCAGUGACAAAUAUUUCUGAAGAGGACAAUGGUGCCCAUUGAUAGUGUGACUGCAGAUCCCGCUGGAAACACUCGUAAAAUAUCAAAUUGUAACAGGGCACAUCCGGGAUGGUGUUGGCAACUGGUCAGUGAGUGAGUAUGGUUUUACGCCGCUUUUAGCAAUAUUCCGGCAAUAUCACGGCGUGCGACACCAGAAAUGCCAUUUGACAUUUGCCAGACACCUCGUCUUUGCCCAUAACCAAGAAUUCAGGUUCACUGUGACAUAUAUAUUCAGAGUGAGUCAGUUUAGUUUUACGCCGCACUCAGCAAUAUUCCAGCUGUGUGGAGGCGGUC